AUUCCCAGUUUUCCCGUCACUAAAACCCCAGCUGAACCACGCCAGAAAGAGUCCAGAAAUCCUACGGUAACUAAGAAAAUACUAAUACUACUUUAUAAUAAAAAGGAGAUUUAUUUCUUCUUCUACAAUCUUUUUGUCUCAUGUUACUUUAGCGGUCUCUGCAAUCCCGUAUAUACGCUCACAACGUACGAAUAUACGUUCCAACCGUAGACCGCCAUGGCUCUUCCUCUUGGCAAGUUAACUAUCCUCGUCGGUGCAGGUAUUGUUGGCUCGAUUAUUGCAAAAGAAGGACACAUGCCAAAUGUUUCUGAUUUUGUCUCUGGUGCUUUCAAGCUUGUUUUUCGGCAACUUAAACAUGAUGAUUCCACUCCAUCUAUAAACAAGCCACGCAAUGAUUAUUUGAUGGCCCAGGUUAACAGCCUAAGGCAGGAGCUGCAAAUCUUGGCGUCAAACAGACCAAUUACAAUUGUAACUGGACGUGGAACAGGUACUAGCAAAUACGGCAUAAUCAUUGUUGUUGUAGUAGUUGGAUAUGGUUAUGUUUGGUGGAAGGGUUGGAGACUUCCUGAUAUGAUGUUUGCAACAAGGCGUAGUUUAUCUGAUGCGCGUGAUGCCAUAGCCAAGCAGCUUGAAAGUGUUUACUCGUCAAUCUCGACUACCAGACGGCAUCUAUCCUCAAGGAUUGAUGGUGUGGAUAAUCAUAUGGAUGAAAUUGCAGAUAUUACUGCUUCCACACAAGAUGAGGUUUCUCUGCUACAAGAUAAAUCAAAGAUGCUCAACAGCAAUGUUCAAUCUGUUCGUUUUGUAGUCCAAACUCUGGAAAGUAAGAUUAACAGAAUUGAAGGGAAGCAGGAUAUCACAAAUGAAGGACUAAACUGGUUGUGUGAUUAUGCCCAUACCAUGGAACAGAAUAGAUCCACUGAUCGUAUUCAGGCUUCACCAGCUAGUUCUUCCAUGCCAGCUCUUGAAGCACCAAUGAAAAGCCCAUCAAGGACUGGGUCUUUGCCUCCCAUUUUACCAGCAGAAUCGUCGUCUCCUUCUGAUUCAAAUGGAACUCAUAAGGUUAAGAGGUCUCCAAGAAAUGCUGUCUCUGCCUCAGGCCUCAAGGAAGUAAGUGAAUCAAGUGGCCAUGAGCUUGCCAAUGGGAGUCGCACCUCAGAAGACAAAACUAAUGGGUCGUCAAGUUCUGGUUUCUUUGGGAUGAUGUUUUCAGGCGCGAAUGCUUCUUUUCUCACAAGAACACGCAGUGCAACAAAUGCUGUGCCACAACAGAUGCGAUCAAGUAGGCAGCAACCGUAAAGCUCUUACAUUUAAAAAAUAUUUAAAUUUCUGCUUGAUUAUAAUUUUAUGUUUGAGGAGAACUGUUCUCAAGGGUGUCGUAGUCCCUCCAACAGAGAUUAUAGGGUAGUGCCCAAGCCAAAAGUUAAAUUGGAGUGGGUGCUGAAUUUUGUAGAGAUGAUGAUUGUGAUAAGGGGUAAUAUAAUUCUUUCCAGGUGUUCAAUGUUCACUGUUAGAAGUUGGAAGUUCUUUUUGAUAUGUAUGAGUAGUAGGUUCCGGACGGGGAACUGGAAAGGUAUAUAUAUCUGUAAGUCGAUUAGAUUAUUCGCUCUGCUAAUUUCUGCUUCCCCGGGAAUAAAAGAAAACUCUUCUAUUAUAAAA